CUUAAAAUUUCAAAUUAAUCGAAGUGCAUGCAAACUGCAAACGGACUCGGACAUCUGCUAUGAAAAAGAGAAACAGAAUAUUUAUAGUACGACUAUGAGGGACGAUAGAGGAAUGAUAUAAAGCAGUGCACACCCUUCUAACAUGCAUGCAUCACUUCAUUCUCUCUUCUCACACUAAUGCCCACAAUAAUGCAUCCUCUGCAUUGACAAUGAAGCACAAAUCCACCCCCUGUUCAUCCUCCUCCACCACCACCACCGCCAUCGAUGAAGAACCAAAAACAGAGGAGCAGAACCAUAAGAGCGUAAUCAAUGGGGGGAAGCACCCAACAUACAGGGGAGUUAGGCUAAGGACUUGGGGGAAAUGGGUGUCUGAAAUUCGUGAGCCGAGAAAGAAAUCAAGAAUAUGGCUGGGCUCGUACCCGACGGCCGAAAUGGCUGCUCGAGCUCACGACGUGGCUGCGCUGGCCAUGAGAGGCCCCUCAGCCACCCUCAAUUUCCCUGAAUUGGCACACAAGCUCCCCUGCCCUGCCACCGCCACCCCGAAAGACAUCAAAGUUGCUGCGGCUUUGGCGGCUGCCUGUGAUGAAUUCAACGAAGCCGGGCCGAGCCGGGUUGCGGGUACAAGCUCAUGUGAAGAGCAAGAAUUGGGUGGAUCCCCUGUGGCAGUUAGUGAUGAGAGUGAUGAGGCCUUAAUGUUUGAUCUUCCUGAUCUUUUGUUGGAUUCAAUGGAUCAUUCAAUCGAGUUCUGUCAUGGUUCAUGGUUGCAGCUCUCAGGUUUUGAGAUUGCUUUUCAACUUGAGGAGCCAUUUUUAUAGGGUUAUAACUACCAUAAGUUACUAUAUGUUAGUGUUCAUUAGGUGUGCAUUUGUUCAUAGAAGUUUCUCCUUUGCAAUUUUUUUUUUAAUAACCAGGCCAGCUUGUGCGCACCUUGACUAAUUUCGGGCCCUGAAAGUAACGACCGGGCACAACCUCCAGUAGCCCCAAGAUUUGAAAUGUUUGGCCUUUGUGGGAAUGAAAUGUUUGGCCUCCUUUGCAAUACUUUAGAGAGAGAAAAAGAGCAAUGCUACUCCAGACUCCAGAGAUGGUAUUCGCUACACCAGUUUGAAUCUAGUCCAUGCAUUAGUCUUUUCUCGUGUAAAUAUUGUAUGUGUUCUGGUCUUUUGCAGAAGACCCCAAUUUCAAUAAAUGGCUUGGAUGGUUGCAACUUCU